ACGUCGUGGAGUGACAGCAGACAGCAGCAGCUCGCGGUUAGAGGAGCGCUGCAGCCCGUUUCCCGUUCGAGCACCGAGGCGGAUAUCGCAGCGAGCGAUCGGACGAAAUCCAGUGUCCGUGUGGUCGAUCAGACCUCCGAUUCCCGGCCUAGCCAUGGACGAGCAGGCGGGCCCCGGUGUGUUCUUCAACAACAACAACAACAACUCGGUUCUUCCCGGCGGAGCGAAAGCGCCUCAACCAGGCGACGGCGACGGAGAGACGGCCCGCGCUCAGUACAGUAUUCCGGGGAUUUUACACUUUCUGCAGCACGAGUGGGCCCGGUUCGAGGUGGAACAGGCGCAAUGGGAGGUGGAGCGGGCCGAACUGCAGGCUCAGAUCGCGUUCCUGCAGGGUGAGAGGAAAGGCCAGGAGAACCUGAAGAAGGAUCUGGUGAGACGGAUAAAGAUGCUGGAAUACGCUCUCAAACAGGAGCGGGCCAAACACCACAAGCUGAAGUACGGGACGGAGCUCAACCAGGGAGACAUGAAGCCACCCAGCUACGACUCGGAUGACGGCAACGAGAACGAGGCUCUUCCUGAACCGCCCAACAGUCAGCUGAGCUGGAAACAGGGACGACAGCUGCUGAGACAGUACCUGCAGGAGGUGGGCUACACCGACACCAUCCUGGAUGUGAAGUCGCAGCGGGUCAAAGCGCUGCUCGGUCUGACUGGAGACAGCGGAGAGAGACCCGGAGACAAGCGCACCGAGCCCAUGGUGAACGGGACCGAGCCGGCCUCGCUGAAGGACAGCACCACCACCAUGAUCGGUAAAGCGGAGAUGACGGAGUCCACCUCGGUGCUGGAAGCCUUCAAGUUCAUCGAGAAAGCUGCCGCAGAGUUCAGCGAUGAAGACGACGAUGAAGACAGCGAGGGACAGAACAAGACCAUCGUGGACCUCUCCACCAUGGUGAGGAGGAAGGUGUCUCCGUCUCCCUCCUCUUCCUCAGCUGACAUGAGCGACGACUUGGAAACGGAGGAGGUUCUGAAGGGCUUUGACUUCCUGGCCAAUAGUGAGGACAUGGAGGGUCCGUCUGAGGUGCCGUCCUCCGGAGAGCGAGCCGACUGGGAAAAGCAAGAGCAGAGCCCCUCGUCUGAGUCCUGGGACGUGGAUGAGGGUCUGAUCUCUAAACUCAAGGAACAGUACAAGAAGGAGCGCAAGGGCAAGAAAGGGGUGAAGAGGCCGAACCGCUGUAAGCUGCAGGACAUGCUGGCUACCCUGCGAGACGCGGAGGAUCUGUCGUGCAUCCAGCCUCCGGUGGCUCCUCCGGUCCGUCCCAGCCUGCCCCGCCUCAACGAGCCCCCGCUGGGACACACCGACGAGGUCGAAGCUCUGACGUUCCCCCCGUCCUCGGGAAAGUCCUUCAUCAUGGGGACAGACGAGGCGCUGGAGAGCGAGCUGGGUCUCGGAGAGCUGGCCGGACUCACCGUGGCCAACGAGGCCGAGAGUCUGUCCUACGACAUCACUAAUAAUAAAGAUGCCCUGCGGAAGACGUGGAACCCCAAGUUCACGCUCAGAAACCACUUCGAUUCGAUCCGCGGUCUUGCGUUUCACCCCGUCGAGCCGGUUCUGAUCACCGCGUCUGAAGAUCACACGCUCAAACUGUGGAACCUGCAGAAAACCGCCCCGACCAAGAAGUGCACCGUUCUGGAUGUGGAGCCCAUCUACACCUUCAGGGCUCACAGGGGUCCGGUUCUGUGUGUGGUGAUGAGCUCCAGCGGUGAGCAGUGUUUCAGCGGCGGUUUGGACGCCAGCAUUCAGUGCUGGAACACACCGAGCCCCAACAUCGACCCGUAUGACUCGUACGAGCCGUCGGUGCUGCGGGGGGCGCUGUCUGGACACACAGAUGCAGUCUGGGGUUUGGUCUACAGCUCGGCUCAUCACAGACUGCUGUCGUGCUCCGCAGACGGGACGGUGAGGCUCUGGAGCGCAGCGGAUACGACGCCCGCCAUCGCCGUCUUCAACCAGGACAAAGAGCUGGGCGUCCCGUCGUCGGUGGAUCUGGUCUGCAGUGAUCCGGCUCACAUGGUCACGGCCUUCACUAACGGCAGGUUGGGCAUCUUCAACAUGGAGACCCGACAGCUGGUGCUGGAGCUCGAGUCGCAAGCCGCCGGAAAACCUGAUGCGCCGUGUCAGAUUAAUAAAGUGCUCAGUCACCCGACGCUUCCCAUCACCAUCACAGCACAAGAGGACCGACACAUCCGAUUCUUCGACAACAACACAGGCAAGUUGAUUCACUCUAUGGUCGCUCAUCUGGAUGCUGUCACCAGUCUUGCAGUGGAUCCCAAUGGUCUCUAUCUGAUGUCUGGUAGUCACGACUGCUCGGUGCGUCUGUGGAACAUGGAGAGCAAGACGUGCAUCCAGGAGUUCACGGCUCACAGGAAGAAGUUCGACGAGUCCAUCAACGAUGUGGCGUUCCACCCCACCAAGUGCUACAUAGGCAGCGCGGGAGCCGACGCCCUCGCCAAAGUCUUCGUAUGACCUUCGACCUCCGACCAAAAACUGCUUCCACAAACUCGUGCGCGGUCAAACUCGAACGGGACGGGAGGGCUGAGACCGAGAUGAUCCGGGCAGGCCUGGGUGCUCGAGGGAAAGUCAACAAACACGGAGGAACGCCAGAGGAAGCUCCAAACAUCUCCGUUCAGCCUCACAGGAAGUUGGGUGCUUCCCACACUUCUGUAGUUUUAGUUCUCCUUGAGUUCCUCUUCUCCUCCGCCUCUCUGGAUUUCCCGUCUUGCGUUCGCUCCUUUUUAACGACGUGCCUUUUGCUUCAAAACGCGGAUCCUCUUUGAGGGAAAACGAACCCCGUCGAUGUUUUAAACUCACCAAAUGCAUCAAAUUAUUCGGACGGAAAGUAAAGUUCGGUUAAGUUUCUCACGCAGGGUCAAAAUCCUGAUCGGAUGCAGAUGAAAUGCAUUGAAUUCAAAGACUCAAAUUUAAUGCUUCUCUUGUCUGACGGACGAUCCUGUCAACAAUUAAAUCAAGUUGUACAUAAUAUUACAUAACUCAGAAAACGUACUAAAUUUCUACAUGUUUGUGUCCAAAUAUAAAUCCUCUAAACACUCCAAAGCCGUUCACCAUCAGGACGCACGUCUCGAUUCAGUGCUACGUUUAAUAUCUAAGCUGUUAUUUUACGCAUAAACCUGCAGUUUCUCCUGAGGGUUUGCAGUCGAACUCGCCUGUUCUGUGAAAACAUCUCAACAUUGUGAUGUUGAGACAAAAUCUCGAUCAUUUGACUAGAUUUAGAGCCGUUUCUGAAUAUUCGUUGAACUUAGUCAAAGUGAUAAUGCGCAAAAGUCUUAUAAUAGUUUGAAUGUGUUGCAGUUUUUGACAAGCUGUACUCGGAAGUCUAUAUUUGUCUGAAAUCUGUUGUAAUGUUUAUUUAUUUUUUGCCUUUUUUUUUUUUUACUUGUUUUGCCUGUAAUGCCAAAUGCAGUAGGAUUUAGCUUCAGGAAGGGACGAGCAGCUACGUUACGUACAUAAACACCUUCAUCUGGUU